AUGGAGUUUCCUGGCCCUGUGAUGAUGAGGCUCUUCCACACCUGGCCCUCUGCUACACCUGUGACAGUGACCAGGUGGACUCCUCAGGGCCCAGCCAGACCUGGCCAGUGCCCUGUUGUGGCACCUGCUGAGGGACCAGACGGACUCCUCAGGGAGCCCCAGCCGGACCCGGCCAGCGCCCUGCCGUGGAACCUACUGAGGGACCACAUGCAGGGGAAGAACACCACCAACUCCACCCGGGCCUUGAAGCUCCCGGAUGGGACAAGCGCCGCCUGGUACAUCCUGACCAUCAUCGGCAUCUACGGGGUCAUCUUCCUCUUCCGGCUGGCCAGCAAUAUCCUCGGAAAGAAUGAUAAGCCCUUGGAAGAUAUUUAUUACUCAAAUUUGACCUCCAAACUAAAAAACAAAGAGCUCCAGAGCAAGGCAGCCCAACGCUCUGCACCAACUGUUGACAACAGAGCCACCCCGGAGCCCAACCAGGCCAGCACAGGGCCAACGCAUGGAGACAGUGGGCCCCAGGCUGGAACGCAGGGGAUCCCCUGAAAGUCAAGACAAGCUGGCUCCACAGGGAAAGCCCCAACCUUCUUGCCGUGAGCUGCUUUGGGUUUAUCUGGGACCUGGAGAGAAGAGUUGACCCCUUGAUGGGGCUAAUGCAGCAUCCCUGAGCUGUGGGCACUGAUGAUGAGGGAUCACUGGAAGCCAACCCCUGUUUCCUUCUGAGGCUUCUGGUGCUUCAAGGGCAGAGAGCAGGGGCAGCAGCUUCCAGCCAUGCUCGCUCUUUCCUGGGAAAGCCCAUGUGUCUGCAGCAGACCAGGCUGGAUUCCAAAAUCCAGACCCAAGGGUCUCAGGAGAACCCAGGAGACUCCCGGGGGUAUACAUGGAGGCAACCUCCCUUCCCGAUUGCCCUCUCCCAUAUAACCACUAAUAAUCUUCAGUUUCUUUAUAUCCGCUUAUGUCAUGUAAGUGAGAUCAUACAGUAUUUGUCCUUUUGCGACUAACUUAUUUCACUCAGCAUAAUACUAUCAAGCUUUAUCCAUGUUGUGGCCUGCUCCAGAACUUCGUAUCUCUUUAUGGCUGUGUAAUAUUCUAUUGUAGGUUAUGUACUGCAUUUUGUUUAUCCCACUCAUCUGUUGAUGGACAUUUUGGUUCUUUCACCUUCGGUCUGUUGUGUAUAGUUCUGCAGUGAACAUUGGUAUACAGGUUUCCGUUUGCAUUUCUGCCUUCACUUCUUCUGUAUACACACCUAGGAUUGGAAUUACUGGGUCAUAUGGUUUAUGGUAACUCUAUAUUGUUCAACUUUUUGAGGAACCACCAAGCUGCUUUCCACAGUGGCUGCACCAUUUUACAUUCCCACCAGCAAUGGAUAAGGGUUCCACUUUCUCCACGACCUUGCCAACACUUGUUU